UAGAUAGAUAUAGAGAUAUGAAAACGGCUUCGAAAGCAAAAGUGAUCCAUUAAGAAGAGUAUUGUUUUUGUAGUGCAUGCAUUUAACUAAAUAUUACAUAUAUACAUACGUAGUGUUGAUUUCAAAGAAAAUAUUAGCAGAAAGAAAUAAUCGUGCGAGCGCAGUUUAAUUGGAUAAGUGCUGGCUGGCUUCACAUAAAAUAAAGCUAACAGAAAAAUUAAUAAAAAAAAAAACAACUGUAUGUAAUUGAACUGGCCAAGAAGAAGAAGCAGUAAGGCAGAGAGCAGCAACAGUAAAAACCACUCAAAGGAGUGUAAAACAAAAUGCAAUCAGUUAAAACUAAAGACCUGCCAGAGAAUCCACGCGAACGUGCCAAUGUGAUAUCAGCGCUUUGCUUUUGGUACACGUUGCCUAUAUUUUUUAAAGGGCGUAAAAAAACUCUCGACACAAAAGAUUUAUACAAAGCGUUAACGGUGCACAAAUCAGAGACCUUAGGUAAUGAUCUAAGCGCAGCAUGGGAUCAAGAAUUGAAGAAAACGUCCUCGUCGAAGAAGGGGCCCAGUCUGUUAAAAGCCACAACGCGUGUCUUUGGCUGUCGCUUUGUACUCUUGGGCCUCGUUCUUCUCAUACUCGAAUUGGGUCUGAGGGCAUUACAACCUUUAUUUCUCUUGGGUCUAAUUGCAUACUAUUCGCAAGGGGAAGAUAACAUUAGUACUGCAUAUCUAUAUGCAGCUGGGGUGAUCAUAUGCUGCGCUAUAAAUGUGAUAAUCAUGCAUCCCUAUAUGUUGGGCACGAUGCAUGUGGGCAUGAAGAUACGUGUGGCGAUGUGCAGUAUGAUUUAUAGAAAAGCGUUGCGUUUGAGCCGAACGGCACUGGGUGAGACCACGGCUGGUCAGGUGGUCAAUUUGAUCUCGAACGAUGUGGGUCGCUUGGAUUUGGCUAUGAUUUUUAUACACUACCUUUGGUUGGGUCCACUGGAAACGAUCUUUAUCACUUACCUAAUGUACAUUGAGAUUGGCGUUUCGGCCGCUUUUGGUGUCGCCUUCAUGUUGCUGUUCAUUCCACUUCAAGGUUGGCUGGGCAAGAAGACGUCAGUGUUACGCUUGCGUACCGCUUUGCGCACAGAUGAGCGCGUCCGCAUGAUGAACGAAAUUAUCGCGGGCAUACAGGUGAUCAAGAUGUACGCGUGGGAAAUACCAUUUGGCAAAAUGGUGGCAUAUGCGCGCAAAAAGGAAAUCAAUGCCAUACGAAAAGUGUCGUAUAUACGCGGUGUGCUGCUCUCGUUCAUCAUGUUUUUAACGCGCGUCUCUAUUUUUCUCAGUUUAGUCGGUUAUGUCUUGCUACAAAAGGUGCUGACGCCGGAGAAGGCUUUCGUCAUCACAGCCUAUUAUAAUAUUUUGCGCACAACUAUGACGGUCUUCUUUCCACAAGGAAUUUCCCAACUCGCCGAGGCUUUGGUUUCCAUUAAACGCAUACAGAAAUUCAUGCUAUACGAGGAGACUGAUAUCCUCGAUAAGUCCUCUGAUAGCCCUAAUUACCCCGGCAGUAAUCAAUCUACUGUUGUCAAGGAUGAUGAGAAAGCUUUAGAUAGAAAGGAACCCGAGAAGGGUUUUGCUUCAAAUGGACAUGCGACGCUCUCGGAGGCUGGCAUUGUGUUGAGCAAUGUAAAGGCCAAAUGGGAUCGGAAAUCGGCCGAUUACACUUUGGACAAUGUGAAUUUGCGUGUGCAACCAGGCACUUUGGUCGCAAUUAUCGGACCCGUCGGUUCGGGAAAAUCAAGCAUAGUACAAACCAUACUCGGUGAGUUACGUCCCGAGUCCGGCACUAUUAAGGUGAAUGGCACUUUCUCAUAUGCUUCGCAAGAACCUUGGCUUUUCACUGGCACCGUACGCCAGAAUAUCCUUUUUGGCCAGCCCAUGAAUCGUCGUCGUUACCAACAAGUGGUGAAGAAGUGCGCACUAGAACGUGAUUUUGAGCUGUUGCCAUACGGAGACAAGACUACAGUAGGCGAGCGAGGUGCUUCGCUUUCGGGCGGUCAAAAGGCGCGUAUUAGUUUGGCACGCGCUGUCUACCGUGAAACUGCAAUAUACCUGCUGGACGAUCCACUAAGCGCGGUAGACACACAUGUGGGCCGCCAUCUCUUCGAUCAGUGUAUGCGUGGUUUCCUGCGUGAGCAUAUCGUCGUGUUGGUCACUCAUCAGCUGCAGUUCCUACAGCAAGCCGAUCAAAUUGUAAUUAUGGAUAAGGGACGAGUAAGUGCGGUGGGAACUUAUGACUCACUACGUGAGUCGGGCCUAGAUUUUGCAAAAAUGUUAGCUGCCCCUGAGCGGGAAGAAGCGGUUGAGGAGAAAUCUCGCUCGCGUUCCAGCAGUAAAGUUUAUAGCAAUCGCAGGAAUAGUGAGGCUUCCUUGAACUCCGUUGCGGACUCAUAUGCCGAAGAUACACCCAUGCAGACGCAAGAAACACAGGAGCAGGGCAAAAUCGGCUUGGAUUUGUAUCAGAAAUAUUUCAAAGCCGGCGGUGGCUUUUUUACAUUCUUCCUUAUGCUGUUUUUCUGUGUGUUGGCGCAGGUGCUGGCCUCAGGCGGUGAUUGGUUCUUGUCUUACUGGGUUGCCAAAAAAGGAGAAAAUGGAAGAUUGUUUGCAGCUCACGCUAACCACACCUACUUUGACGAUUUGAUUGACAGUUUUAAUGUCACAACUACGAUGCCACCAACGUCAGCGCCGCCAAAUGAAUCGAAAUUCAUGGCGUGGCUGCGCCAGGCGGGUGUUGAUAUGAACGCUGAUAUGCUAGACAUUUACAUAUUUACUGGCAUCACAGUGGCCACCAUUGUAAUUACACUUGUGCGCAGUUUUCUCUUCUUUAAUGUCGCCAUGAGAGCUUCAACUAAUUUGCACAACUCGAUGUUCCGUGGUAUAACGCGUGCUGCCAUGUACUUCUUUAACACAAAUCCCACAGGUCGCAUAUUGAAUCGCUUCUCUAAGGAUAUGGGUCAAGUAGAUGAGAUAUUACCAUCGGUUAUGAUGGACGUCAUACAGAUCUUCCUCUCACUCUUCGGCAUUGUCGUUGUAAUUGCCAUUGUGAAUCCACUCUUCCUUCUGCCGACAGCAAUAUUAGCGGUAUUUUUCUAUUAUUUGAGAUCGUUCUAUCUGAAGACGUCACGGGACGUUAAGCGGCUGGAGGCGAUAACACGCUCACCCAUCUACUCUCAUAUGGCGGCCUCGCUUGCCGGCUUACCGACGAUACGCGCUUACGGUGCUCAACGUGUGCUCAUCUGGGAAUUCGAUAACUAUCAGGAUCUGCACAGCUCUGCGUUUUACAUGUUCAUCUCCACCUCUCGCGCCUUUGGCUAUUGGCUCGACUGUUGUUGCAUUGUCUACAUUGCUAUUAUAACAUUGAGUUUCUUCCUCUUCCCACCGGAAAAUGGCGGAGAUGUCGGCUUGGCUAUAACGCAGGCCAUGGGCAUGACGGGUAUGGUACAGUGGGGUAUGCGUCAAUCAGCAGAACUGGAAAAUACAAUGACUGCGGUGGAGCGUGUGGUAGAAUACGAUGAUAUAGAGCCGGAGGGUGAACUGGAGUCGCAAGCGGACCAGAAACCACCAAAAACAUGGCCUGAGCAAGGUAAAAUUCUCUUCGAUGAAUUAAGUUUACGUUACUUCCCCGACCCCAAGGCGGAGUAUGUUUUAAAGUCACUCAAUUUCGUGAUUAAGCCAUGCGAAAAGGUAGGCAUUGUGGGACGUACGGGUGCGGGCAAGUCAUCACUGAUUAACGCACUCUUUAGACUAUCAUAUAAUGAUGGUUCGAUUUUUAUCGAUUCACGUGACACGAAAGAUAUGGGUUUACAUGAUUUGCGCAGCAAAAUUUCGAUAAUUCCCCAAGAGCCGGUGCUCUUCUCGGGCACAAUGCGUUAUAAUUUGGAUCCUUUCGAUGAAUAUUCAGAUGCAAAACUGUGGGAGGCGCUCGAAGAGGUUAAAUUGAAAAGCGUCGUCGCUGAACUGCCAAGUGGACUGCAAAGUAAAAUCUCCGAAGGGGGCGCCAACUUUAGUGUUGGUCAACGUCAAUUGGUGUGUUUGGCACGCGCCAUACUGCGGGAGAAUCGUGUUCUGGUGUUGGACGAAGCGACAGCCAAUGUAGAUCCUCAGACCGAUGCGUUAAUACAGAUGACGAUCCGUGAUAAAUUCAAAGAUUGUACCGUACUCACAAUCGCACAUAGACUAAAUACCGUUAUGGACUCGGACAAGGUGUUGGUGAUGGAUGCUGGUCAAGUGGUGGAGUUCGGCUCUCCUUAUGAGCUGCUAACCAAGAGUGAGGCGAAAAUCUUCCAUGGCAUGGUGCAGCAAACGGGAAAAUCAACUGCGGAGAACUUAACUAAGAUUGCGCUGAAGGCGCACGAACACAAUCUGAGACCGAAAAUGGAGUGAUCAACAAACGAAAACGUUAAAUAAGUAAAUGAAGAUUGCCAAGCGAAAGCUCCCAUUUAGCUGUAGAAUUGUAUUUGAAAUUUUACAGAAAUACUUGUAUUAGUUCGUCUCUGCGUACUUUUGGCGAAAUUAACUAUGUUUAAGUUUUUGAAAAUAGAAAUUUUUUUAGAAAUAUUUAUAUGUACGUUUAGGCGCAAGGAAUUCUAAACCUUCGCAGCUGCAAGGCAAAAUACUAGCUAUUUUAACACGUCUCCAUAGGUUCAUAUAUAGAUACAUAUGUAAGUUAUAAACAAAAAAAUAUGUCGGUUUACACACAUACACGCUUAAGUAGUAAGUA